CUCUGCUCUCUGCUCUCUGCUCUCUUUUCUUCUUAUUCCUCCCCCCUACUCUCGCUGCCCUCUUUCUACCCUGCGACUACCAACUCACCUCUCUUCUACCACCCUCUCGUUCCAGUCACAACCGUGAGGGAUGUUUACGGCUGCGAGCAGAAGCCGCCUCCCCACUCUCCUACGUCCCCAGUCAUGGCUCCCCGGCGCAAGGCCUCAUCUGUCCCUGAGGGUAAGCGAAAGUCUGCCAAUCCUCCAGCAACAAGACGGCUAACGCGCAUUCGACACAGGCUACACAGAGGAUCUCUCCAAAGGGAAGAUGCUCCGCUUCGAAGACUCACUCCCCCGAUUGCCCGUCCCUUCGCUAGAGGAAACCGGCCGGCGGUACUUGAAGUCCGUCCACCCCCUGGUGUCCGAGGCGGAGUACGAGCGCACCAAGAAGGCGGUGGAGGCGUUCGUGCGGCCCGGUGGUGAGGGCGAGCCCCUGCAGGAAAGGCUGCUCGCCCGCGCCGCCGACCCCAAGACCAAGAACUGGCUUCUGGAAUGGUGGAACCACGCGGCGUACCUCGCCUACCGCGACCCGGUCAUCCCCUACGUCUCCUACUUCUACUCGUACCGCGACGAUCGCGCCCGGCGGGACCCCGCCAAGCGGGCUGCCUCGGUCACCACCGCCGCGCUCGAGUUCAAGCGCCAGGUGGACUCGGGCGAGCUGGAGCCGGAGUACAUGCGCGGCCAGCCCAUGGCGAUGAGCUCGUACGAGUACAUGUUCAACUGCUGCCGGAUUCCGGGCGAUGGGGUGGACUACCCCCAGAAGUUCCCCGCCCAGGACCACGAGCACAUCGUGGUGGUGCGCAAGAACCAGUUCUUCAAGGUCCCCUUGGCCGUCAACGGCCGGCCGCUGAACAACACCGAGUUCCAGCGCCAGUUCGAGCGGAUCUACCAGAUCGCCCAGCGGUCGCCCCCGGUUGGCGUGCUGACGGUCGCCAACCGAGACUCGUGGGCCGACGCCCGGAAGAAGCUGCUGGCAGCGCACCCGGCGAACGAGCAGGCACUGCGGGACAUCGAGUCGGCCGGGUUCGUGGUGUGCUUGGACGAUGCGUCGCCCGUGACCCUGGAGGAGCGCGCUCACCAAUACUGGCACGGCGAUGGCGCCAACCGCUGGUUUGACAAGCCGCUGCAAUUCAUCGUCAACGACAACGGCACGGCCGGGUUCAUGGGUGAGCACAGCAUGAUGGACGGCAGUCCCACCCACCGUCUCAACGACCACCUCAACGGCCUGAUCUUCGGCAACAAGAUCGACCUCUCGGAGCAGGCGGUGCGGUCGGACCUGCCCGACCCGCGGCCGAUCAACUUCCACCUCAACGGCGAGGUGGAGGAGGCGAUCGAGGCGGCCACCAAAGAGCACCGGCAGCAGAUCUCGAACCACGAGCUGAAGGUGCAAGCGUACCAGGGCUACGGUAAGGGCCUGAUCAAGAAGUUCAAGUGCAGCCCGGAUGCGUACGUGCAGAUGAUCAUCCAGCUGGCCUACUACAAGAUGUACGGCAAGAACCGCCCGACGUACGAGUCGGCGUCGACCCGCAAGUUCCAGGAGGGCCGCACGGAGACGAUCCGCACGGUCUCGGACGAGAGCGUGGCCUUCUGCAAGGCUAUCAGCGACCCGGCCGUUGCCCGAGAGGAGGUGGUGCGGUUGUUCCGCGCGGCGCUGGCCGCUCACUCCAAGUACACGGCUGAGGCCAGCGACGGCCGGGGCGUAGACCGUCAUCUGUUUGGACUGAAGAAGCUGGUGAAGGAGGGGGAGAAGCUGCCUGCCCUGUACGAGGACCCAGCCUAUGCAUACAGCGGCUCGUGGUACUUGUCCACCAGCCAGCUGAGCUCGGAGUUCUUCAACGGCUACGGAUGGAGUCAGGUGAUUGACGAUGGGUUUGGCAUUGCCUACAUGAUCAACGAGAACAGGUGAGUUGCUUCUGUCACUGUGCAUGGCCAGGACAUUACUAACGUGUGUAGUCUGAACUUCAACAUCGUGUGCAAGCGCCUGGGGGCGGAGCGCAUGAGCUACUAUCUGAAUGAGGCGGCUUCCGACUUGCGGGACGUGUUGAUGCCUGACCUGGCUGCUCAGAGCGAGAAGGCGAAGUUGUAGUAUACCAUAGAUAGAGUGGGAUGGGAUCUGGAGAUAUACCUUGUAGAUCAGAAGACCGUACUGAACUGAGUUGUUUACCCAAGCA